AUGAGCCGCACGGCCGGGAACAAGACCACGGGCCACGCGCCCUCGACGCUCAUGCUCGAGCGCAUGCAGGAGGCGGCGUCCGACUUGGCCGUCCUGGCGACCACUGCGUCCGGCUGGCGCUUCGCGAACGAGCGCAACGGCGCAAUGCUCUACGAAAUGACCGGCCGCAAGUUGCCCGCGAGCGUCUCGACGGCGCACAAGUUCGGCCGCGGGGCCGGCCACUCGUCCGACUAUUACCUCGUGCGGGCGGUCACGACGGUGCACACGGACGUCGCGGCGCUGUUGGACCUCUUGCACUCGUCGACGACGGACGAGUUCCGCCUCGUGAUGAAACAGGUGUUCGACCCGUACUUCGCGCGCGGCGUCACGCUCGACGAGUUGACGUGCACGACGCCGCCGCCGUUCGCCGCCGAUCCCGACGCCGGCGCCGACGGCGCGCGCCGCAGUUUCUCCGAAGACGACUCGUACUCGGUCAACUGGCUCACGCUCAAGGCGCAGGACAAGGCCGGGAGUGCCGAGCGCCUCCGCGACUUUACGCUCGUGUGCUACCAGGACGCGUUCGCCCGCCACGACUCGGGGGCGCUCGAGCGCGUGGGGCGCGGCACGGCCCGAGCGCGCUCGAACACGCUGAACUUUCAGCUGCAGAGCACACUCGUCGGCGUGCACGUGCUCAGCAGCGUCAACUUCCCGAACGUGCCGGAGCUGUCGAUGGCCGAGGCGGGCAUUGACCGCCUGCACUUGCGCAACUCGGGUUUCGUCGUGGAAGAGACGGCGGAGCCCAAUGUGCUGCGGCUCUCGUUGCUGCUGUCGCUCUUGCCCACGAAAGCGACGCUCAAGUAUGCGCGAAAGUACCAGCGCUGGCUGCAGACGCUGGCGAGCUGCGUGGGGAACCUGUCGCGGGCGUUGCGGCCAGAGGUGACGCUGCACUGCUUGAGCAGACUCACGUGGAAGCGGAGUGACCACUGCUUCAUGUGUCUCAAGAUGUUUCGCACGUUCCGCCGGUGCCACCACUGCCGCUUCUGCGGCGAGUCGGUGUGCAGCGCCUGCUCCCGCAUGGUCAACAUGGCCGGAUACGAGAUCACUGACGGCAGUGGCAGUACGUUGGCGGCUAAUGCGAAUGGCGUCUUGACGUCGCAGGGUGACGAGGCGACGAACUUGGAGUGUAGCCGCAUUGGAGACGUGUGGCAAUCGACGACCGGAGAUGAACUGGGCAGUUCUCGCAGCAGCUAUGGAACGCGCAGUCUGCGCGAGACGAGAGGUUGCAACGUCUGCGUGUCGGAUUUGCGCAACGGGUUGGCGAUGUCUGCAAUUGUGAAGAUGCGGAAACACCCCGACUCUGGUGUCUGUAGCGGCGAGAACUCGAACAGUGACGGUGAUGACUGCGCUAUGCUUGAUCGAUCGAAAGACAGGCAGAGCGCUGGCAACGAUGAUGACGAAGUCGUUUCGUACGACAGCGCGGACGAUGUCAAUUACGAACGCCGUCUGGGCUCAAUAGCGACCUACAUCCCGUCGAUGGACGGGAUGGGUGCGAUGGUAGAGGACAGUGAACCAUACACUAUGAGCAAUUCGGGCCUGGAUGAGCCGGUUGAUGAGUUCUUGGUCACGCCUGAGGAGCUGCAGGACAAGUUCCCAGCCGUCGACGAGCCAGCUCCACUGCGCUUUCGAACUGCGUCCGACCCGAAUCAGCUCCGUCGCAUGCGCAAUGUGUCGGACCCGGAUCUGCCGCAGCGGCUUAAGGACAAAUACAGCAUGGUGUCGAUGUCCACCGCUAGCAGCUCAUUCUCGCGUUCGUCGAACGAUAACGCGUCGCAGUAUUCACGUGGCACAAACUUCUCGGCCAUGUCGGACGAAUACUCGGCUUGCGAUCUAUCUCGUGAUCCGGACAUCCUGGCUCUUGCCGGCCUGAGGCCCAGACCAUCUGAUGAUCAAUACGAGCUUGCUCUGAGGCAGCAACCUUUGGCGCCUUUCAGAACACAUCACGAACAAGUUUAUUUGCCUGAGGAGGACGAGAAAGCGGUGGCCAUGGAAGCAGUAUUUUUGGCAAAACGCAACAAGGACGAGGUUGUAGCCACCACCGAGAUGACCUUUCCCGCACCGUUGUCCGGCAAUGGCCAUGCUGGCGCUCGAUUUUGUGUCGGCUCGGCCAGCGCAUGUGACGGUCUUGUGGUGCCUCAACACGAUCACUUUGUUCGCGCCGACGUUCUUCGCCACCAGAGCCAGACCACUUCGACUUCGUCCCGGGAUCCCGCUACGACCUCUCCAUUUUUUUCGGCAGCUCAAUCGAGCGGUUGCGAGGCAAAGCCUCAACCCUUUGCCAGCUCCGGCGUUAUGCCCGCUGGAACUCACUGCAAUCCAGCGCUAGGGUCGGCAUCCGCUUUGUCGUCAGCCAAGAGCAGCGAGCGCCAUUUCAAAAGGAUGAGUAGCGAUCCGUCAGCUCACAGUGGUGAUCUCGAUUUAUCGAGAGCGAAGAUUGAACCAUCAAACAGACCGGCUGACAUCGAAGCAGCUGCGGUCGCUGCAUCGACAGAAUCAAUUUGCUGCGCAGUCAGAGCACAGGAAGCUCAGAGCUUGUCGAUACCGAGUGGCAGCAAAUUUCAUAUGGCUUCGACGAUGCGACGGGGAUCGAUGCCGUUGCCUAUGCGCCACACGGACCGACUCCCUGCUUCGAUUCCAGAGCGCUGUACGGCAUCGGACGAGUCAACCCGUAACGAUAUGAUCUUGCUUCCGGUGUCGAAGAAAGCGCCAGCGGACUUUGUCGUGUUUUCGGACUCGAUGCGUGAAUCGAUAUUCAUGCGGGCGGACGAUGGUCAAGACAUGAUCCCGCUGGAUUUUUAG